AUGCACCCAUACUCGCGCCCCUCGCCGCGGACAGCCUCGCCCGCCAGCAACCUCCAAACCAACCCCGCCCGAACCAACAACCAGCGGCAUAGCCAGGAUAUGACUGCCUACUCAACCACCCCGCCCUACAGCGACCGCGGUGCCGAAGAAUCAGAAGGCGAGAUGAUGUCGAGGGGAGAGCCCUCGUCCGAGUCGGAUCAGCGGCACUAUCAAAAGGUCAACCAAGUCAUCCAGAACUUCUUCACCAAGUCAGCCCUUGCUGUGAUAUCAUCUCGAGUCUCGCUCCCGCCCGGAUACAACAAGGAUGGCAAGUUGAAGCACAACAAGUGGUUCAAUGUCGUACUCCCCGAUAGCGACGUGCUCCAACGCCAACUCACCGAGUGGAAACUCAUGGAUGCCAUGGCCGGUCACCAUCCAUCGCUAUGCAUCGACAUCUAUCUGGACGUACAGGGACUCGGCCACAACCAGUCACUCGUUAUACACGACGACGAGGGAAAGAGAUGGGACGUUGCUGCAGCGCUGAACUCGGCGGAUGCCGCCUCUCGAUCGUCAGGCCGCACCGGCAAAUCCACACAAAUUGUGCUUGAGCGCUGGAGGGUGCACGUCGGAGACAAGAGCUCAAUACAGCCAUCAGAGCUCAACGAUCCGCUUCCCAAUGUAUACAAAAAGGCCGUGGUCACAUUCCGGUCGCUCUUCGCCUAUCUACGCUUCAUGCCCGCUUUCCGAUACAACAAGGUCAUUGCCAAGCAGCCUGCAAAUGCACCCUCCCUAAAACUGAACUACCGCGUCUCAAAUGGCGACUUCAGGAGUCCGCAUGUCGAUACUCUGAGUCUACCGCUCUAUCCUACCGACGACAACGACAAGAUUACAGAAUUAAACACAAUCGAGCCCACCAACUCGCCUGUAGGGCCUCUGUGUGUGACAGUCGAGUACCGCACCAACUGCGAGUUUAGUGUAGAGGACUCCGAGUCUCUGCUAAGCUCUCAGUUCAUGGGCCUAGACGACACCUACUUUGAGCAAAGGACCCGCCAAAUACCCGGAUCGCUUCCUGUCAACAAGAUGAAUGCGCAAGAGAGCCCUGAUAUUGGACAAGCAUACGGCAGUCUCUCAACCUUCCAUCAAGUUGGUCCGCCUACAGGAACGAGCCCCAUCUCAGCUCUCCGCGCAGCCCGAGAUAUGCCCUCGUCAUCUCCAAUGGAAUCGCCGCCACAAAAACUGCCACCCAACCAUCGCACUGCCCAAGGUUCCAAGUCCUCUUUACGCUCUGUAGACACACCACAGUAUCAACGGCGGACUUCGGUCUCUUUCCAGCCAUUCAAAGCCGGAUCACUCUCAUCGUCUCCAGCCCUUGGAAGCGCGGUGCCUCCGUCUCCCACCAGCUCGCUAGGAAGACCCGGUAGCUCACUAGGCCGGACUGCUACCCCAAAUCCGCUCACCACACCACGCAAUCGGACGUCGCUCAAUGCGCUCCCACAGACGGCUCUUCGAGCACCUUCAUUACCCAACGAAACUGUCGUCACUUCUUCUGCAUCAAGCUCGCCAAAGCCUGCACCCAUCAGCCGUUACAGCAGUAGCUUCGGCCAUCGGAGGAGCAAGUUUUCCACAGGGGGUAACAGCAAAACGGAGGACGAUAACCUAAGUAGCGGAAAGGGAAGCCUCUCCUCGUCGAUGCAACGCGGAUCUGAUACAUUGAACGAGGGCACCGGUGGUAGUUCGGGCGAAGUCAGGACCGACGAUGAGAACAUCUCGGACUUCCUGAAGCUUCUCGAGUCGAAGAAAGAUCUCAAGAGCUUCACUCGGAGCGACCAAUCUGCCAAAGCAGCGACUAUGCACAAGACUACUGCUCAGCUCUCAAAGUAUCAACGGAUGCGGGAGUCCCACACUGGGCUGGCCGAAUCGGUUUCCUCUUCGACGAUGCUCCAUCGAUCGUCAUCUUCCUCCAGCCGACACCUGUCCAGCGUUCCCGCCAUGAUUGCUGGUACAUCUGUGUCAACAGCUUCUUCGCCCGGCAAACCUAUCUCGCCACACACUCCACAUACACCAGCCAUCCCUUCUCGACUCAGCGCAAAUAGUAUCGCUGAAUACGACCAGCCAAUUCGAAGCCGAAGUCGACCUAGUCGGGGGACGCGCGAACAUGACCCGAUCAACGUAGAAGAGCAGAGCGAGAGCGAAGACCAGAACAUGCAUGCCAUUGCCAUACCGACAUCACCACGCCCAUGGCACUACGCUCGCCGAUCAAGCUCCGUCUCCCAGCAAAGACAGACACUACCUGACGAUGAACCAGACGUGUUCGGCGUCCGAUCGGCCAGUCUGCCAUCGGAGGAGGUCGACCGUACUAAUGAUCUGCAUCGUCUGACCAGCGCAGGUCUUACUUCUAGUGGCCUUUUCGCGCAAACGGAGCUACUCGCUAGUGGCAAUCGCGAUGGCCAAAAUCCCGAUAACGAUUCUCGUGACGAACUGCCCCAGCCGUCGUCAACGUCCAACAUGCCUGCUAAGCGCGGCACCCCGGCUGGUGCACGCGGACGAGGCGGGUUCUUCUCGCAUAGCUCUUCUACAAGCCUCAGCACAGGCGGCACAAGCUCGACUGAGCGUCAGAGCCGCUACAACUUCAACAGUCGCGCCGCAACCAACAUCGACGACGACGAACCCUUGCUCUUCCAGAUGAGCGAGAUUGGUGCUGGAGGCUCCCGGCGCAGUCUCGAGGAAGCACGAGGCGGAUCGAGCACCAACAGCGGAGGCAAGCGUGGAUCGUACUUCCGCUGA